CCGCCGCUCAUUUGAUCCUUCACUCCUCCCGCCAAUAAUCUCCACCGACCCUUUUCAAAAUACCCCCGAAUCAGACAAAGACCAGCAGCUCCGAGCAACCGUCCUCGCGAUGUGGCCUCUCGACGCAGUCGACUGGGUGAUGCUCUCGAUACCCGUCGCAUAUCUCUUCAUCCUCGUGGGCUCCCUCUACGUCUUCAGCUCGCUGUACCGCAAACGACAAGUCGCAAAGGCCGCAUCGCUCGAGCCAUGGUUUCCACCACAUAUGCAGCGCAACAUCUACCUCUCGCUACUGCACAUGGAGUCGCCGAAAUGCCCGGAUAGUAUUCUAAAAGCUGCACUGUUGCGCCGCGCGACUGAGGACAUCAAUCGAAUUGUGCAGAUACGGAGCGCAAAGCAGGCGCUGCAGGCGCUGCUGCAGAGGGGCAGUGUGGGAGAUGAUUUGUGGCAGCGGUUUCAGCGCGCGGAGAGGGAGAUUGAGGAAGAGUUGCGAGAUGUUGUGAACGAGGCCAACGCAUUCGCACCCGGCUGGGGCCAGACCAUCUUCCAGUCCGCCUCCGAAAUGUCACAAAACACCCACAUCCGCGAACGUCUCUCGGAGAUUCUGGCCACAACCAAAUCAGAGCGGGAAUGGUGGGACAAGCGCAAGGCCGGUAUUCAGUCUGACUUCAUGAAAGAGUUGGACGAGGAGAAGGCAAAGAGCCCGGCGGAGGGCAGCAUGGCGGGGAGUGUCAGGGGCGGCAAGAUAGGAAGCGAUGACGACGCAGUAAUCGUAGAAAGCGGCGGCCCUGCGGAGAAGGCUUCCGGCAAGGGUAAGAAGAAGAAGGGAAAGCAUUGAGGGGUGGUUGAUCGAGCUCCGGACGUCUCCAGGGCACAUAGAGCAGGGAACACACAUUGCGAGCUUCCAUUCCAUCCCGAACAGAACGGGAACAUAGGAUAGAAAGGGCUCCACCCAUUGCAUUGCCGGCGUUGUGGUGUUGAGGGCACCAGGAUACGGUGGGACUCAGUCAGUCGGCGCUUGAGAUACUCAGCUUUGUACGAAUGUUUGAUUCGAAACAAAUGGAGCCACCUUUGCAUUCUUCCAAAUAAUUCAAUUGCAAUGC